GAAGCAGAUCUGGCUUUUGUACCUGUUGGCAUCAACUACGAACGCUUUUCUGCAAUGGAUUUCACGUCAGUUUUUACUUUUUACCCUGUAGUUUUUAUUAUUAAAGCUCCAGAUAAGAUUUUUGAUUGGAAUUCUGUUACGAAGCCUUUUAGUUUAAAUGUUUGGAUAGCUAUAUUUUCUAUUGUAUUGAUAUUUGGACUAACGCUAUACAAAGUGCUAAAGAAAGACUUUAUCGUUGAUAACACAGGAAAACAAUGGACUAUAUGUACAGUAUUUUGGAAUUUAAUUUGUACAUUUCUUGGCGAAGGAUUGAAUCUAGACAAAGUACAAAGGUUCGCGUCUAGAUUCAUGAUAGGAAUUUGGUGGUUAUCGAUUCUUGUUUUGAUAUCCGGUUACAGUGGGGCGUUAAUGUCUUUUAUGACAUGUCCUUUAACUGAGUCUGUUCCAAGAGAUUUUCAGGAACUUGCUGUUUUUGUCCGCAACGGAGAGUUCUCAUGCGGAACAUACAAAGGAUUUUUUGUGUGGAAAGACAUCAUGGCUGUCUGGAAACAUGGAAAUUUGCAAAAAAAACUUGGAGGGUUAAAUGUAGCAGCUUUCACUACGAUCUAUUAA